AUGGUGAGCCCGACGCCCCUCAUCAUCGGCGCCGAUCGAUUUUCGUCUACCCCUGCUAGAUUGACAGCUUCGAUCGGCGCCCCGAAAUUUCAAGAGGCAGCCGCCGGUGUGUUCUCCCAGACCCAGUAUAGCGGUGGCAUAAAAGGGCAAAUUGCUAUAUAUCCCUUGGUAGUGGUAGCUAUCGUAAACUGGGCUCGGUUGCCCACUUCGAAAUUUGAGACGAACGGACAUACCCCGAGCCCCUCUUGA